AUGCCGACGCUUGCUGUGUAUUCUCCUUCGAAGCAGCGCUUUGCUACGAAUGUGGGCAUCUUUGACGAGUUGAGUGCGACGGCGUUUCUGAAAAGUGUGCUGUCUGGUAAGGAGCACUGCUCCGGGCUUGUAGGCGUUCCCGAAUUGGGCCGUGACGAGUGUCUGUUUGACGAGAUUCAAGGAGCAGCACUUGAGCAGGCGAUGUCACUGAAGAUGACGGAGACAUUGACGACAUGCUGA